AAAGCUCUCACUAAUACAUAGCCAUCGUGGAUAGUAUAUUUCAUUAUCAAAUUAUGGUACCUAGGUAGAUGUAGUAUAAACUGAUUGCUCUGUUAGUGAAGCUGAACUUCUAUAGAUGGUUCUCACUGAUAUACUAUUGGACUAUUUGUGGUUGGAAAAUGUUUAUAUAGUCUGAAAUAGAACAGAAAUUAACUUAGGAAAAGAUUUUAUUAUACCGGAACAAGUGAGUUCUUUUAAUAAUCAGAACUAAAGGACAGAGUAAAAAGGGUAUGAAACACCGAUCAGCGGAUAUAGAUGGAGGAUGGGCGUGGGUGGUCCUCGUGUCGUCAUUCCUCUUACAUAUGAUGUCAUACGGUCUAGCUUGGAGCACCGGCGUCUAUAAUGUCAUAUUUCUAGAAGAAUUUGGUCAUCCAAAGUCCGUAACAGCAUGGGCGGGAUCCUUGCCUACCGCUGUCAUGUACGCUAUAGGACCAAUAGCAAGCAUGUUUUCAAACAAGUACGGAUUCCGUCCUGUCAUUAUUUCUGGUGGGCUUAUGGUCAGUGCUGGGCUUAUACUUAGCUUUUUUGCCAAUGACCUGUUUCUUCUGUUCUUUACGUUCGGAGUUCUAACAGGUGCUGGGCUUGGAAUUGUGUAUAUACCUGCAAUAGCGUCAAUUUCUUGCUACUUUGACAAGAAGUUGUCGCUAGCUGCUGGAAUUGCAACGUCAGGGGUCGGAAUCGGGAACUUCUUAUAUCCCGCCAUCAUUAGAUGGCUUGUCAACACGUACGAUUGGAAGCAAAGUUUUCUCGUCCUGGGGGCUAUAUCUCUAAACAUGUGUGUAUUUGGUGCACUUAUGCGGCCCGUAAAAAGACCUGAGAUCAAAGAAGAUCAACCAAUUCUUGACAUAACGCCGUUUAAAAAGAAAGGCUACGUUAUGCUCUGUGUUAAUGUGUUCUUAUUUUGCUUCGGUAUUUCUGCUAUUUACAUUCAUUUAACUGCUCACGGUGAAAAAAUCGGUCUGACUGCCGAUGAAAGCGCAAUGCUCUUAUCAGGACUUGGAAUUUCAAAUUUAUUUGGACGAUUUUUAUAUGGCCUUAUAGCUUACCAUCCGCGUAUUAACGUUUUUGUUUUGUACAGUGGCUCUUAUUUUCUGUCUGGAAUAUGCAUUUGUCUUGUCCCAAUAAUGGAAUCCUACUCUGUAUUGAUGGCCUGUGUUUGUGUGUUCGGGUUGCUGUCUGGAUGCUUCGGUACAUUACUAGUGAACAUCCUAAUAGAACUCCUCGGUCUUCGACGAUUUGCCAAUGGAUACGGAUGCCUGUUGUUAUUCAUGGCUGCAGGACAGCUGAUAGGAGCGUCUGUUGCAGGUGCUAUGUAUGACAUCACAGACUCGUAUGCCAUGGCGUUUUAUUUGGGUGGAGCUAUGGUUAUAAUAAGUUCGGUCGUUAUGAUUCAGCCGUACUUUUACGUUAAAAAUCAUCCUCGCAUUGAUGAGGAGGUGAUAAUUGAAGAAAAAAUCGGCCUUGCUGAUUCAAUAGACAUUCCAUCGUUGCUUCACACCUCGCACAGAGAUCUCGUGCAGAUGGCUGUGUCACUAGAAAGUUUAACUGCUGCUAAGCAUUCACUCGAUGUGAUACGUCGAUCUACUAAAUCUUUGCAUUCUAUUAAACAAACUCCAAAACUACCAUCAAAGAAAAAAGACGGAUUACUCUUGCCGAUGCACAGGGAUAUUGAGAUCUUAAAAAUGUCUUUCUCGACAGAAACUAUUUAGAAAAGAAUCAACCGAUGCCAUUUAUAUGUCAUGUUUUCUCACAUGCAAUACCGGUUGGUUUGUAUUCAUUACUCCGAUUUGGAAUAUAUUUCACCUAUUUAAGUGACAUUAAUAAUUAAUGUUUGAAUAGGCAAUAUUUAUAUCCAUGAACAAAUAUUUACUUAAUAAAUAUAUGCAUUUACACAUAUACUUUAUAUUUUACUUACCAUGUAAGAAUUCGGUGUUUUCUACUCGGAAACUGCAAACUUUCUAAUAUAAUUGCCAAUGCGUUGUAGCAUUUUAGAAACAGUUUGCUUUGUUGAACCAUGUUCUACAGUGAUACAUUCCUAAGGCAGGGAUUGUUCAUAGAGUUGAAACCGAAUUUAUUUUGUUUAAUAAAAUGUUGCAAUAAUUACUUUUAUGAAAGUGACUUUUACAAUAAAAAAUUGUAUUUAUUUUAUGAUUAUAUCUUUGGAUAUAAUAAAAUGAUUUCUUUA